AUGAAUUGGGAUUCGGCGAGAGUUUGGUUCGUGGAACAAACAAUUUUUGAGUUUGGAGUGCGAUACAGCGAGGUUCAAGGCAUCAAUCAAUUUCCACGAGUCAUAGCAGCAAAUAUACUCAAUCAAUUCUGUCGGCAAGUCCAGGAUUGUGGUAGUGGCGGUAUUCCGAUUCGCGGAACCAGUGGUCAUAGUAUCAGCAGAGUUGGUGGACGAGUACGCAUGACGACGACGAUUUUGUCGUUGGUGUCACGUUGUUGUUUUAGAUCGUGGUCGUCAAUCUUCAAAUGUCCAAUCAGACGGGCCACGCAUGUGCGCAACUAUUCCAGUGAUCGUCGUCAGAGGCUAUCCAAAUGGCUGGAAUUAAGACUAGUUCCUAAUGUUCGGCGCCGACUGCGUUCAUCUGUGAUAAACGUUCCGCAGAUUAAAAACCGGAGCACCGGACCUAUAUUACAGUAA